AGAUCUGUUUCACUUGUUCACCCUGCGGGUCAGCUGAUCAUGAUGACGCCUGCGGUGUCAGUUCUUUUGAUUCUAUGCGUUGGAUCGCUCGCUGACGAGCUUCUCCCACUUCAUGGCGGCAAAGACAGAGGGUGCCAAGGAAUAAAGAGCGAUUCAAAAAAAGUUGAAAAAUGGUCGGCAAAGGACCUCGAGGAGUGCAAGAGCCUUUGUUCGGGAUCCUGCGGAGCUGUGGAGUGGAUCCCUCAAGCUCAUUUCUGUGAGCUUUGGCAUGUGCCAGUGGCACACACCAUCAAGAAAGAAGGUGCAGAAUGCUAUGCCAGAAAGGUGGAUGUGACAAAUAUGUCGUCCCUCAUGCCAAAGGAGGUGUUGUGCCUCCGUUCCGCUGAGGGCGCGUGUUCGUCACUGAAGGAGAGGACUGGCUGUCUCAUGAGCAAGGAUUCAGGAGGUCCAUGCGUCUGGUGUGGUGGAGCUGCGUGCAACGACCAGACGGGUGCUCUUUGUGAGUCCUUUGGCUCCUGGAGGAGCGGUGCCUCCAUGGCUGCAGUGGGAAAGCUGGUGGGAGACACGGAAAUCGCUCGCUGUGAGGCUGGAAAGCCUGCAGUGAUCAAGGUCAAAAGUGAGCCGUGGCAGAUCCCGCCACCCAGUGUUAAGGACCUGGAGCUGCUGACGCCAGUGGCAAAUGGCUGCAAAAGCCUAAGCACCAAAGAGGAAUGCCUUAACAGCAAGGAUGCCAGUGUCGCCAAACUGGAUAGCUUCAAGGUUUAUGGGGAGGCGUGCAUUUGGUGUGGGGGCAUUGCGUGCACCACGGAGGAUGAAUCUAAGUGCGGUCCAUUUGACUACCUCAUGCAUGGACAAGGCCUCGCCUUCGACGUGUUCCAUGCAAAACACUCGUUCGAGGUCGCUGGAAAAUCUUCAUCUAUCAAGCACGCGAAUUGGAAUGGUGAUUGCUUGGAGAAAGCCGUCAAGGGAUGCCCUUCCUUGCAAGAUGAGUACAGUUGCCUCGCGAGCGUCGAUGACCGCGACGAGGAUCCAUAUCAUAAAGGUCUCAAGGUGCGUGGGCAACCCUGCGUUUGGUGCAAUGGCGGCCUAUGCCACAGCAAUGGGACCAACCGCUGCGAGGUUUAUGAUAUCCAAGUGCAUGGCCAAGGAAAAGCUUUCAAUUACACUCUUGCUGCAGGAAUCACUGUGGCGCAAUGCGACGGUGGGAUGGUCAAACGGCAUCUCCCAAUUUUCCAGGUCUCCAGCCCUCCAUUUCCAAUUACAAGACCCAGUGCGAUUUCUUGUCUCAAGGCAGAGCCCAAGGGAUGCGAAGCCAUCAAAAACAAGUUGGACUGCCUCAGCAGUGUCGAUGGGUCGAGUGUGACCUCUUAUGCAGGAUUGCGAAUCAAAGGUGAGCCAUGCGUUUGGUGUGGCGGAGCUCAGUGCAACACCGGUGGGGAGAGCCUCUGUGCGCCAUUCGACUUCUUGGAGAAGGGAGCCGGACGGGCCUUUGGUGCGCUGAAUGCUGUGGCCCUCACACCUGCACAAUGCUCCACCGCAUCGCUGCAUUUUGGGGAGCUGUCCUGCCUCAAAGAAGCAAAGUCAGGAUGCAAUGAGAUAAGUGACAAAGACACGUGCUUGGCGAGUGUGGAUGGCCGUCCGUACGCACAAGUGGGUGGCUACAAGGUGAAAGGCCAGCCUUGUGUUUGGUGCGGGGGUUUGCCGUGCCAGAGCGGAAGCUUGAACACCAACAAGUGUGAGCCCUAUGACUUUGCCGUCAAUGGUGAGGGACACAUCUUUGAUCGGCAUCAAAACAUUCCAUUCCAACGAGCUGGCUGCAACAGCACAAAGGCCAUCGGCUUGCCGGUCCUUUUCGAGAAAGCAAGUGAUAGUGGUGAUUUGCUUGGUGCCAGUGGUCCAGAAUCUCACAGUCCUGAUUGGUUUCCAGCCUCCAAUGGGGACAUCAGCUGCCUGCAGCCGGUCCCAAAGUGCAGAGAUGUGAGGGACAAGCUGGUGUGCUUGAGCAGCAAGGACUCAGAGCUCGGACUCAUGAAAGAGGCCAUUCAACGGGGAGGAGAUGCCUGCGUGUGGUGCGGGGGAGAGCCUUGCACAAGUUUCAGCGAUGCGUUGUGUGAGUCCUUUGAUUGGCUGCACAGAGGGGAGGGGAACACCUUCAACACGUUCACAGCCAGUGGCAGCCAUAAAGUAGCACAGUGCUGGCACCUUCCACAGCCCAAGCUGGAACUGUCUUGCCUCCGUGAGCACAAAGAAGGUUGCCAUACCCUCAAGGAGGCAACGCAAUGCUUAUCCAGUUUUGAUGGGCGAGCCUACGAGCGAGUCGCGGGCUUCAAGGUCAAAGGGCAACCGUGUGUUUGGUGUGGAGGUCAGGCUUGUCACGGAAACAAUGGGAACCUUUGCGAGCCAUUGGAUUUUGCUCUCAACGGGAAUGGCUAUGCUUUUGACGCUGUUGCCCCGGACUCCUCAAAGACCAUGGCAGGCUGCCAGUCAGGACACUCAGUGUCGCUUCCUUUGCCACCACGAUCUGAUGUGAUCGACCUUGAGAAGGCCGUGGUUGGAGCCAAGCCACCGGAAACCGGAGCGAAAGCUUUUGGCGGGAUGGUGGCCAACUAUGGCAAGGAUUGUUGGUGGGAAUGCCAACAGAAGAGCGGAUAUUGUGGCUUUUGCGGUGCUGGAAAUGCUUGCUGCCGAGAAGGGGAGAAGGAUGGACCAAGCGAGUGCCAAGGAGACAUUCGGUUCCAGACCUGGCAUCAUGAGUGCAUUGCUCCUGUGAAUGGCCUGGUCAAGGCAGGCGCUGCUGCGCCGAAACCAGCAACCUCAGCCCAAUCAUUGGUCAACAUUGGAAAGGACUGCUGGUGGGAAUGUGGCCAAAAGUCUGGGAGUUGCCCAUUCUGUGGUACUGGCAAUGCUUGCUGCCGCCGUGGCUAUGAUGAAGACACCCCGACCGAAUGCAAGGGAGCUUUGGCCUUCACCACAUGGCAUCACGAGUGUGUGGUGCCGAUCCACUCCGAAAGCACUGAACUCAUAGAGAGGCUCGCAGGAGCCGGAGCAGAGGCUGCUAGGCUUGCUGCAGAAAAGGGCAUGUCACAGGAGCAGCAAGUGCGGGAAGCCGCCAUGGCCAUUGGAAAGCUCGCAAAGGCCGAAGGCCUUUCGGCCCAAUCGGCUGCGCAGAUUGCUGCAGCUGGAGCCCAGGAAGCUGCGAAAAAGAAUGGGGAUAGCCAGUUGAAGCAACAGGAGCUGGCUAUCAUGGCAGCAGCCUUGGCUGCCACAGAAGCAGCACAAGACAGCAUGCCAGCUGAACAGAAGGCGGCCGAGAUUGGCCUCGCAGUGGCCGAAUCGGCCUCCGCGGCUGGGAUGAGCUUCGAGCAACAGAUGGAGGCGGCAUCCACGGCCAUCGGAACCUUUGCCGCAGAUUCGGGGUUGUCGCCUCAGCAGGCCGCGAAAAUCGCUGCAGAUGGGUCCAGGCGGGCAGCAAAGGCUGCAAACAAAGAUGAGAACCAAGUGGCAGCUUCGGCUGCAGCGGUUGCUGCAGCAAAGGCUGCAGGUGCUGGUGGUAAACAUGGCCAGGAACUUGCCUUAAUCAUUGCUGGUGCAGCUGCAGCAGCCAGUCCUGGGAUAAGUCCUGAAGAACAAUUCCAAGUAGUGCGAAGUGCACUUGGUGACAAUGCCGCGACUGUUGGCUUGACACCAGCGGAGCUGGAUGCAAUCGCACACCAAGCUGUCCCGGCUGCGAAGACAGCUGCUAGUCCUGAUGCGACUGAUCCAAUGGCCGCUGGCAAAGCUGCUGCGUCCCGAGUGCAGAGCGACAAAGGGACUCCAUACGAAGAAGCUAUGGCGGCGGGCCAGGCUGCAUACAAAGCAGCUGUGGCAAAGCCUGGAGUUUCUGUUGCCGAAGAAGUGUCCAGUGCUCACGACGCCAGCAAGAAAGCCGCACUCGCGGCAGGUGUGACAGCCGCUGAGGCUGAGACGCUGGCAGGUGCUGUGGCAAAUGCUGUGAGUGGUGGAGCGAAGGAGGAAAUCGACACCAACGUCGUGACAAUCUCACCAUCUGAGGCAGCUGCCGCCACUGCCAGCCAGCCUGCUGCAGAAUCGCUUGAGGAGACACCUGCUGAAAGAGAUGCUGCAGAAGCAGGUGCAGAGGCGGCUCGCUUAGCUGCAGCUGGUGGCAAAUCGGCGCAGGAGCAGAUGGAUGAUGCGGCAGUGGCUGCAGGUCGCGCGGCCAUCAAUGGACACAUGACGCCAGUUGGUGCUGUGGAAGCUGCCAGGAAAGCAGCCACGCUUGCUGGGAUCAACGCAGGACUGUCAGCUACUGAGGCGGCUCGCCUGGGCACUGAAGCCGCCGAAAGGGCCGAAGUGUCCGGAGCCUUCACGGCGCCAAAUUGGAGGGAGAUAGCAACGACGCCGACGACGACCCCAACCACCACCACAAGCUCGGAAGAGAACUCGACUGUGGCAGUUGUGAUGGCCAGAGCUGGUGCCAGUAGCGCGGGUGUAGCCGUAGCAGCGGACUCGGGCAACGAGACCAUCGUCGUGCUCACAGAUGAGUCACCCAAUUAUGGCUUCUCCCAGACUCUUCUUUGGAUUUUGCUUGGAGCUGUGCUUGCUCUCGUCUCAUUGAUUCUUUGUUUCUGUUGUGGCCCGUCCAAGACUGAUAAGAAUGGAGCAAAACGCGCAGUGGACGUUGAAGAUGUGGAAGAGCCAUCAGAGGAUGAGACCUCGUUGUUGGAGCCAGAAACAUCUCCCAAAGCCAAGGGGCCUCGCGUGCCGAUGCCGCAGAGAAAGGCUGAGGCACCACCGGUACCCACUCCACCGCCGGUGGUGUCCGUGCCUAGCAGAGCCUCUUCAGCUGCUGUUGCAACACCUUUGCCUGCACUUGCUCCAGUCACGCGCACAGCUGCGCCUGUCUAUACGCCUCCAACACCUGCACGUGCUCCAGUGACUACAUACACUUCAUACACAUACCUUCCGCAGGCACCUCAGCCUCAGGUGCAAGCACCAGUGACCAGAGUGGCACCACUAAUGCCCAGAACAGCUGCGGCAUCGCUUUUUGAUGCACUUGAUGUGAAUGGUGAUGGCGUCCUGGACAAGAAUGAGUUUGCACAGCUUGAGACUUUGCGCGGCCAGCAGGCGGCACCAGUGACGACAAUGCCUUCUGAGCCGGUUGUCCGAACGACCCCAGCAGCGAGCGUGAACACGUCUGGCGGAAUCCGGACUUACACAUCUCGCCGCACCUAAGCGCUUACAUUCUUUGUUGCGUAUGGUUGGAGCCUGUCGGCUUGCCGCACAGAAGGUCAAAGAACCGUGCGACGCGGGUUUGUAUGAGCGGGGCCGAAGUGAUCCGCUGGUCCCGUGUACAGACCUAGCUGCUCAAUUUGUGGAUGUCAAUGCAUUUGAGAAGGCUACUGCAGGUACGUUGCUCAUAAAGAGACCAUUCUGAUUUUUGAUAUCCUUUUGGC